AUACGCCAAGGAAAAUCCUCCGAUAUGGUUCAUAAACCAGGCGACAGGUAUUGCAGAGUCUGAGAGACAGCUUAGUCGGACGUACGAGCGUACGCAGAAUGCCAGUGUUGGAGAUCAGGCUGAGGCGGUGUUUGAAAGGAAAGUAAAUAUAGCAUCGGAUGUACCAAG